GCGAUCAACCAAAUACUGCCACCAUGGCCAUGAAGCUAACUCCGACAACCAAGAAGGUCUUGGUCGAUGUGUCCAUAUUUGCGUUAUCGCAAGUGGUGCUAUACUUUGGCGUCAAAUGGGUCCUUUCUUCACUGGAUCCUUUCAAGAAGAAGAAGGAGGAGGCAAAGGCAAAGAGCAACCGAGUGCUUGGGAAGCUGGGUAUCCGCGACCUUAAGUUGACAGAACAUGAGGAAAUUAUUGCCGCAGAAGUUGUAUACCCUGAAGACAUACCUGUCCGCUUCACAGAUAUUGGCGGAUUGGAUAAUAUUGUCAAGUCAUUGAAGGAGUCCGUAAUCUACCCAUUAUGUUAUCCACAGCUGUUCAGUUCGGCAUCAGGGUUACUGGGAGCCCCGAAAGGAGUGUUGCUCCACGGACCACCAGGGUGUGGCAAGACAAUGCUAGCCAAGGCGCUUGCAAAGGAGUCAGGGGCAACAUUUAUCAACCUUCACGUAUCUACCUUGAUGGAGAAAUGGUUUGGCGAAUCGCAAAAGCUGGUGUCAGCAGUUUUCACACUUGCUCAUAAACUGCAACCGUGCAUCAUUUUCAUUGAUGAGAUUGACUCAUUCCUGCGGGAACGGAAGAGCCAAGAUCACGAAGUGACAGCGAUGAUGAAGGCAGAGUUUAUGACGUUAUGGGACGGUCUUGCCACGGGAGACAUGCGUGUGUUGGUCCUAGGGGCAACAAAUAGACCGGGUGACAUUGAUCAAGCGAUUCUUAGAAGGAUGCCAAAACGCUUUGAAAUCAAACUACCUGACGCAGAGCAGCGUAAACGAGUUCUCAGUCUGCUUUUGCGUGGAGCCAAUCUGGAACCUGGCUUUGACUUGAGAGAGUUGGUUAUUAGAACAGCGGGAUAUUCUGGAAGUGAUCUAAAAGAGCUAUGUCGAAAUGCAGCAAUGAUGCCUGUUCGGGAAGCAAUUCGAGAGUAUGAUGGAAUGUUACAUGAGGUGGACAUUAGUGAGGUACAUAUUCGACCACUGAAGAUUGAUGAUUUCUUUACUUUGAAUGGCAUGCAUGUUGGGGAUGGAACAUUAGCAGAAGUUGUUGACCUGGAUUGAUAGCUUAUUGUACUGGUUUUGGUGUCCUCUAGUUGUUGGCUCAUACUUCUCCUUUACUUAUAUAGAAUGAUUUGUAUAGUAAUGUUUAUUUUCAUGCUUUGAAAAACAUGCUCAAUUUGAUGUUUUCGCCUGA